AUGCUCUAUGGACCAUCUGCACCGAUUUCAAAAGAAGAUUUCGCCGUUGCUUAUAGUAAUCCAGUGAAGGAUUUCAUCGAUUAUCUAAUUCAUAAACAAGCAAAGAACGUUAUAAAUCGAGGUGAUGGGAAAAACGUGACACCUGGGCCCUCAAUGAUUGAUGUGCCAAUGAACACAAAUAGCUGUACAGACGGCGCCGUGAAGGAUAUCUACGGAGCGUGUAGAAUACCGUGG